AUGGAAAAUGCCAAAGCAGCCAGUGUGUUCAGCCCCAAAAUGACGCUGGCAUUCACUGAGAUAAUACAUAAUAGAAUUAAGGGAAUAAUUUCUGACAUUUUUGUAAGAGUUAUGAAGCCAUCAACAGAGAAUAUGACCCAUGAUUUUGAUUUGAAAAAGGAGCAAUUUAAAAUCCAGUUUGGCCAAAGGAUAUUCAUCUUCCAGGUAGCACACUACACACUCCGGUUGCAGUCUGCUAUCACUAAAGGAAGGAAUGAACCCCAGGCCAAGAAAAUAAGAGAAUAUACUGCUAUUGCGGACGAUAAGGGGGCAUUGCUGCUGAAUGUGGGAAGCCAUUCUGGGUAUGCAAUGGCAUCAUUCCGGGGCCCAUUUCAGGAGGCAUACUUGCAGGUGGCAUGUAAUGGUGAUUAUGCAUCUGACCAUGCAUGGACUGAGGCACUGUUGCGCCAGGUGAGCCCCAACCUGUUGAAGGGUGAGGCACUGGAAGCCCACCAGGAGUAG